UUUUUUUUCUUUUGAUUUUUGAAAUAAUCUUUAUUUUUAACAUACACCAAACUAAUAUGACAGUACAUUACAACAAAGACAAAUACAUAUUCGCUACAGAGAAGAUACAACUAAGGAACGACAUAUAUUAGAAAAAUAGCAUAAUAAGCCUUAUUAGGAACCACAUUUUGCUGAUACUACGGGAAACCAUGCUGCUGAAAAUUUUUCCUGAUAAUUUUGUAAAUUAGGCAUGGCGAGAUGACAACAUUUAAACGCAGAAAUGACGGGUGGUUACAUCAGUGUGACGUCAAAGUCAGCGUUUAAAUAUUCUAUUUUAAUAGUUUUAAAUAUUCAGGCUAUAUGUGCCAUUCAAGCGCGUUCCCCUCCUCGACAACCACUGUGCCUCUCAGACCUCUCAAAAAAUGCCCAAACGUAUCAGGAUAUCAUAUCCGCUUUGCAAUAGAAAACGUUAUUUCCGGGUUAGGACGGAAGUGGGCCUUGUACAGGGCUAUGGAGAAGGGGCGAAGGAAAGGCGACGAGCGCCGGGCGAUGACGUGACGCGCGCGCCGGAAGUGCCUGGGGUAGAGUCUGUGCUGGGACCCGGCGGCGGCAGCGGCAAAAGGAGAAAUGGCCUCAGCGAGAUCCCAAACUCUGUUGGGCUUCAGGAAUAGAGAAGGAGAACAUUGGUUGUUACCUGCUGAGCAACAUUCUAACACAGGCAACUAUCUAAGGUAAAUGUUUCCAUAACCUUAUGGAGAGAAAGGACUUUGAAGCAUGGCUUGAUAACAUUUCUGUUACAUUUCUCUCUCUGACGGACUUGCAGAAAAAUGAGACGCUGGAUCACCUGAUUGGCUUGAGCGGGGCAGUCCAGCUCAGGCAUCUCUCCAAUAACCUAGAGACCCUCCUCAAACGGGACUUCCUCAAACUCCUCCCGCUGGAACUCAGUUUCUAUUUGUUAAAAUGGCUUGACCCUCAGACCUUACUCACGUGUUGCCUUGUCUCUAAGCAGUGGAACAAGGUCAUAAGUGCCUGUACGGAGGUGUGGCAGACUGCCUGUAAGAAUUUGGGCUGGCAGAUCGAUGACUCUGUCCAGGAUGCUUUGCAUUGGAAAAAGGUGUACUUGAAGGCCAUUUUAAGGAUGAAGCAACUGAAGGACCAUGAAGCCUUUGAGACCUCCUCGCUGAUUGGACACAGUGCCAGGGUUUAUGCACUUUACUAUAAAGACGGGCUUCUUUGUACAGGUUCGGACGACUUGUCUGCCAAGCUGUGGGAUGUGAGCACGGGGCAGUGCAUCUACGGGAUCCAGACCCACACCUGUGCAGCAGUGAAGUUCGAUGAGCAAAAACUCGUCACAGGCUCUUUUGAUAACACAGUAGCCUGCUGGGAGUGGAGUUCAGGAGCCAAGACCCAAUACUUCCGGGGCCACACAGGAGCAGUUUUUAGCGUGGAUUACAACGAUGAGUUGGAUAUCCUGGUCAGCGGCUCAGCGGAUUUCACUGUGAAAGUCUGGGCUCUGUCAACUGGAGUGUGUCUUAAUACACUGACCGGACACACAGAAUGGGUCACUAAGGUGGUCUUGCAAAAGUGCAAAGUCAAAUCUGUCAUGCACAGCCCUGGGGAUUACAUUCUUUUAAGCGCCGACAAGUAUGAAAUCAAGAUCUGGCCCAUCGGGAGAGAGAUCAACUGCAAAUGCCUGAAAACCCUGACAGUGUCGGAAGACCGCAGUAUCUCUUUGCAGCCCCGGCUUCACUUCGAUGGGAAAUACAUUGUGUGUAGCUCAGCGCUUGGAUUGUACCAAUGGGACUUUGCCAGCUAUAAUAUUCUCAGGGUUAUCAAACCUCCAGAGUUUGCAAACUUGUCGUUGCUAGGCUUCGGUGACAUUUUUGCCCUACUGUUUGAUAACCACUACCUGUACAUCAUGGAUUUGAGGACAGAGAAACUGAUUAGCCGCUGGCCGCUGCCAGAAUACAGGAAGUCCAAGAGGGGGUCAAGCUUUCUGGCUGGAGAAAUGUCUUGGCUCAACGGCUUGGACGGCCAGAAUGACAUGGGCUUGGUCUUCGCCACCAGCAUGCCCGACCACAGUAUUCAUCUGGUUUUGUGGAAGGAACAUGGCUGAAGGGGAGCAGCAGAUAAUACAUGUGUUGUGGCUUUUUAAAAUAAAUGAACAGUUGAGACUGCCAGCAACAGGUCAGCCAGAGAAGACUUUGCAUGAACCAAAGCUGCGCAUCUUCCAGACACCAUCAUGCAAUGUACAAUCAAUGUACAAUCAUUUUACCUUUAAUUUUCUGGGGCAUUGGAGAGAUGGGGGAGGUGCAGAAUAACACCGAGGGGUGCGUAUUAUUAUUUUUAGAAACAUUAAUGCACCACAGCAUGCGAACAUCCUUGAUUUUCUGUCUUUGACUUGAGUAUUCAUGUUCAAGCAUACGCAUUUGGGCAUCUUUCUCAACUGUGGCUUUGGGGUUGUUGGUUUGGUUGUUUUUUUUUUCUCCCCUUGAACAAAAAUGAGAUGCUACUCAAAAGAAGAAGGGUGUUGGCUCUCAGCCCUUCCCCCUUCUGUCCCCUUUUCUCUCCGAUAGAAAAAAGGAGGGAGUGAAUCCAGUUGUUUCUUUCUGAUAUUUUGUGCACCUUCACUGUGGAAAAAAUCAGAUUGCUACAAGCAGGUUAAUCGGUUUCUCUUUAGCUGUUCAAAUGUCACUUUACUAACUGCACACACCCACACCUCUGUAUGCAGUGAAAGUAGACCCUCCCCCUUCUCAGCUGUUCUCUGUGAAUAUCUGAAGCAGGAGAUUUUGCAGUUAUUUGCAAAACAGCAAAUACAGGGUUUUUUCUACCAAAAGUUUGGCUCCUUUGGAAUGGGCAUUCCCUUCUCCAUAUGAUGAAACAGGUGGGCUGGAAGGGUUGACAUCCAAGCAUCCCUCACUAGAGGCAUGCUUUGUCUUGUAAGGCAAAUUCUUGGGCCAAUUUGAGAAAGUUGCCUUUUUCUAACAAGCCAUCAAGUCAAUGGAAGGCUCCACAUGCUUGGAGCGGCUCCUUGUACAGGAAAGAUCUGCAAGUGUGUGCGGUUGAAAGCAUCAUUGAACCUGCUUGCUUAGCAGAGUCAGUGUUCCUCUCUUAAGCCCUGGCUCCCUCAGUAACAAGCCUUCGCCUCCCUUGCCCUGAUCUCUCUGCAGAAGAAGAAAUCUGCAGCUGUUUCCAUCAUGGCUUCCUGAACCUAAUGAGAAGGAAUGAGAUGGUCGCAAAAAUAAGUGGUAGCUAAGAGCUCCAGUGGACAGUGCUCUCCCUGCAUAGGGAGAUAAUUGGGUAACAGAGUUAGGAGGAAGUAUCGUAGCAGCAUGCACUUGUCAGCCUUCAUCUUUCCUACUCAUCUCCACAGGCAUACAGAGGCUUUGGUUCCUGUAAUUGCUCACUGAAGUGCUACCAGCACAGGACUCUCAAGUCAAAAGAAAGGGAAUGUUCCUUUUAACCAUUCGUUUUCCAGUGCAGAGGCCAAAGCUGUGGUUUGGCUAAAGCCUGGCAGCUUGAAAUCCAACCGAAGUAAUUUUAAGAUUGAAAUAACGGCACAGGAGAGAGCGCUGAACAAUAUGCGGUGGAGGGGAGGACUCUCUCUCCCGCCACCCAUCCACUUGUGCUUCUGUUCUCGGAGGGGCGCUGGAUCGAAGAUGGCAGUCUACUUCCAGCACACGCUACAAAAGUUUACACAACGAUAUUAAUAAAACCAUCUGCCUGGUUGGA